CAUAUUUCACACAUUACUAAAAUAUAAAAUGAAUUUACAUUCUUUUUUGAGAAAAAGGAUUUCAAUUCCACAUGUAAAUUCAUCUUAACCCUUAAUAUAUAUAUAGUUUUUGUAAUUUAUAAAUAAUAUAUAUAUGUAUGUGGUAUGAACAGAAUUUGGAGAAACUAAUUGCCACUAUUUCUGACUAGAGUGAAUUAAUUGGUAGCAUCUGAAUCACGCUUUUCCAAAUUUCAACUAUUUUGUUGCCAUUUGGUUAAGUUGCAGAGUCCUUUUGCUUAUUCCAUGCACAUGCUAUGCUGAAUCAAAUUCAAACAUUGAAAACAUAAUUAUAAACAGAAGAAAAUAGCAUGUAACUUUUGACCUACGUUAUCCGUUCUAGAAAGGAAAACCACACUGCAAAACUUGGUGAAUCUCAUUGCCUUUCAAAGGUAGUUAAAGUUAUCAACGAAAAUUUACAUUCUCCAAAAUAAAGAACAUGUCAUUUUCAAGAACAGUUUAUACGCAUCAAACUUCAAGCAGGAUUUGCAAAUUUAAUCUUCAUCUUGGGUGUAACCAAGCUACCAACCAGGUUCGUCCAGAUGCAGCUUCUGAUGAAUCACCUGAUGUACAACACUAUCCACAGCUUGACCAUGGAGGGUGGUCAAGGCGUGGUCGUGAGUUUUGUGAGGCGAGAAGAGCGUUUCUGAACAGUUACCAUUUGAGUUUGGAAAGAAACAACAAUGGAAGAAGCUUCAAGGAAAAGUUGAAGAAAUCGGUGAAGGAGGUUAACGAAGCAGCCAUGGGAGUUGUUUUGAGCAUGCAUCGUAGGGUGCUGUCUAAGAGACGACUUAAAAUAAGAGUUUUUAGGAUCAGAAUGACGUCACACUCGCUGGCUCUUGUUACCAUUAGAUGUUUCAUUCCAUGGAUCAACAAAAAUGACAUUAUGUGAACAUCAUGUUUCUAAUGUUACUCUUAAAUUUG